AUGUUAGAUAAAAAAGAAAAGUCUUUAAUUAAAGAAAUUUUGACACUUUUACCAUAAAGUAUUGGAGUAACAUAAAUUAAGUAACAUUCAAUAAAUAAUGUUAAAAAUUAGUACAUUAAAUUUAUUAAAUUUAGAUUUUAAGUUUCGUAUAUGUACUAAAGUUCUUAAAGAAUACCAAUUAAUUAAGCUUUUUUAUUUGAAGAAGUCUCUAAUAAAUUAAAAAAGUUUUCUUUAGAUAAAUUUAUUUGUGAUUAUUUUCUAGAAUCCAUUCAUCCAUUUUAUGGCAAAGAUGAUUGUUUUAUAGGUUUUCCUAAUCUAAUGUUAUAUGAGGAUGGUGAAAUUAAAGUAAAUCAAAAAUUAGAAGUAACACCUGAUAUUCUUAAUGUAAUGAUUUUUUGGGUAUGAUUUAACAAAAUAUUAGUCUAUCACAAAUUGGGAAAGUGUUUAAUUGAUGAAAGAUUUGAAUACUUAAAUUAUGAAUAAAUUGAGGGAUGCUAGAAUAUUAUCUAUUAAUAUAGAUUAAGAUUAAGAAGCUUGGACACAAUAUAUUUUAGAAUUAGAAAACUAUAAUUGUUAUCAUUUUAAUCCUAGUCAUAUUGCUUUUAAUUUAUAAAUGAAAGCAUUAUAAUUUACUAAAUUUCCUCAUGUAGUCAUUGUGAAUAAGGAAUAAAAAGUUAUUGUAGUUGAAAAUACUAGUCUUGAAUAAAUUACAAUAAUAUUAUAAAAAUAAUCUAAUAAUGAUAAUAAAUAGAUUAUAGAUUAAUAAAUAUAAGAAAUACAAUAAUAAAUUGUUCCUACUUUAAAUUAUUCUAAAGAUGAUUAUAAAAUAUUCAAAUAAAAAAUUUAAACUGAAGUUUUGGAAAUGAUUAAUGCUUUUUUUGCAGAAAAAGAUAUAGUAGAAUUAAAAAUACUAUAGAAAAAAGAUUACUUUAAAGAUGGAUCUAAAGUAGUAUUAGAUAGAAGUAAAAUAUUAGUUAGUAUUGAUUAAAGUUUAGAAAAUUAAUCAAAAGAAUUGAUUAAACAAUUUAAAAAUUAUCUAACAGAAAUAUUUGGAGAACAAAAUUAUAUAAUUAUUAGAAAAGGAUUUAGAAAAUAUGAAACAGAAGAAUAAGUUGUAAUUAGGGAAAUAUUAAAUGAUUUUGUAUCAUAAUUUGAAGUGUAAAUUAUUCCAUAUUAAUGGGAAAAACAUGCUAUUAAAUGGAAGCAUUAAAAAUAAGCAUUUAUUUGUAAGUCAAAGUAUGAAUAAAGAGUUAAAUUUGAUCGAGAUUUAUCAAUAAAAGAAUAUUAAGAAAUUAUCUAAGGAAUAGCUCCAAUUUUAGAAGCUUAAGAUGAUAAAAAUUCAAAAUUAUAUUUAGAUACUUUAAUUCAUUAAUUAAAAUCUAUUAGAACUUUGGGAGAUAAAUUUUAACCUCUAGAUGGAUUCUAUAAUAAAGAAGCUUAAGAAAUUAUAAUUUAACAUUAACCUUAAUAAAUGCUUGUUUUAAUUUGGUUAAUUCCUUGUGUGUUUAUUAUUAUAAAAUUAGAGAAUUUCUAUUAGAAAUUGAAAGAAUAAUAUGGAGAAAAACUAAGAUUUGUAUAUUUAGGAAUAGAAUAUAAUAAGGAGGAUAUUGAUUUGAUUUAUAAGUUUAAACCAAAGUGUGAAUUUUAUUAUUCAAAAGUGAUUCCUACUUUGGCAAGAGAAAAAUAUGAAGUCAAUCUUUUUCCUUUUUAAAUGAUUAUAGAUCAAAAUGGAAUUAUAAGAUAAAAGGGUUUAUUUCAUUAAUCAGAGAAAAAAAUUGCAUUUGAAUUUGCAACACAUCCUUUUAAAAAUUAAUUAACUAAUAAAACUAUAAAUUAUAAUUAAUUGGAAGAAUAUCUUUCUAAUCAAAAAAUAAUAACAAAAGAAAUUGGAAAUUAGUAAUUUAAUUAUUUAUAAUAUUUAGGCUCUAAUUUAUUUAUGAAUUAAAUGUAUAAACCAAUUAGUGUCAAGAACUUAUUGCUAAUUGUCAGUAUACCAUAAGAGAAAAAUAAUUAUAUAAUUUAAGAUAGUUUAAUCAAUCACUUCUAUUUCAUAUUCCAUCAGAUAAAUUAUCAACUGAAUAACGUUUAAUUUUAUCUAUGGAUAUUCCAUAUCCUGGUAUAUAAUGUCAUUCAUGUGGAUAAAGAUUAAAUAAGAAUUUAAUAUAAUAUUAUAAUUACUUUAAAGAUGUAUUUUAUUGUGGUUAAUGUGGUGAAAAGAAAGACAAAUUAAAUUUGAAUUAUGAAAUUAAAGAUAAUCUUGUAUUUAUUAAUACACCUAUAACAGAUGUUAAUGAAUUAAAAGAUAUAGAUAUAUUUAGAUUUGGAAAGAAUAUUCAACCUCUAGACAACUCUACAACUGAUCAUAAGUUUAAUUGUAAUGGUUGUAGAAAAUCGACUAAUCUUGGAAAAGAUAGAUAUAUUGUAUUAAAUAAUGAAAGAGGUCUUUAUAAUCCUUAAGGUUAUAGUGAUUUUUGUACGGAAUGUUUUGCUAAAAUAAAAAGUAAAACACCAGAGAGUAAAAAAUUUACAGAUAUUAAUGAUAAUUCAGUAUUCCUUAGAAUUACCUGUUUUUUUGGAUAUAAUAAUUUUUGAU